UGUUUUGUUUUCACACGUGUUUACCCGGGAAGGAGUAGAACUUGUGUGAAUAUAGGAAUGUAUGAAUUUAAGUAAAUAGGAAAUAUGCUGCUGUAAAUCGGUGAAAACUCCGAAUGUGUAUGUUAGAAUAUUUUUUACCGAACGCAUUUGACAUUCUGUAUUUGUGAAUUAUUUGUUUUCGAAGUUACCGGUAAACUUGUCCGGGCAACAACCCGGCGAGAACCGUUAUUCCGUGUGAGUUACAGUUCCUCGCUCGAGUUUCAUCGAGUAGUUUUGUUAUGGAGCCUUCGGCAGAUGUUGCGCAGCUUGUAGGUAGUAAUGGUUUCGACAGUGCAGACACAAGUAGCGGUGCAAUUGGAAAUGAGUGCGUGAAAGUGUUAAGUGAAGCACAGGCAGCUGUUGAAACAGAAAAUCAGUGCCAAAUGAAACCUGUUCCUCUUGAAAUUGCAACUGACAACGAAGGAAAAGUGGAAGUGAGUGAUGAUAUACGUGGAAACGACGGCGAAAUUACCAGUUUUCCCGCCAAAGAUACAAAUGAGGUGAAAGCACAGAAUGCAGAAAAGUCUACUGUCGAAGUUCUUAUGAAGGAAGAUGAAGUGUCCACUGUUAGAGAAGAGGCGGGGAAAAAUGAGAUGAUAAGUGCUGUACUGAAAAAAGAGGAGACAUCCACUGUUGAAGAUGUAGCAGAAAAAAACGAGACAUCCUAUGUUGAAGAUGUAGUGGAAAAAAAUGAAGCAUCCACAACUGGAGUUGUAGUGGAAGAAAACAAAGCACCCACUGUUGAUGAUGGGCUCAGUACAAAUGAGACAGUGACUGCUAAAGAUGUUGGUGGAAAAGAGGAGGCAGCAAAUAUUGAAGGUGUGCUGGGAAAGGAUGAAGGAGAAGGUGAAGUUUCUCCAUGCUCCCAGGAGGAUAUGUUUGCUUCAGAACCACCAAGCCCUGGCAUCAUUCCCUGCAGCAUAGGGAAUACUGUACCUACAGAAGUUACCGAAGAAUGUACUAAAGAUGAAAAAAUGGAAGUGGAUAACACGGCAGAUUUGGUAGGAGAGGGACGUGCAUCUAAGCGACAGCAUGUGGAGUCAGAUGAUGACUGCACAAAAAUGAAGAAAAGUUCAGAUGCUGAAGGAAAUCUCCCAAAGAGGGCACGACACAGUGUAGAGAUUGUAUUUGAGUGCCCAAAAUCACAGGAGGCACAAGAUCUACCAGUGUCAUCCUCUAUGAACCGUUCAGAAGAACUUGAUCUUACUGGGGGAACAGAAGAAUCAAUUCAUUUACAUUACUCACCAUCUCCUGAAUAUGAUAUUCCGGAAACUCAGUUCGAGCCAGAUCUAAAUCCACGAGCACCGUCUUUAACAACUGUUGUUAUAGGAUCCGAUGAUGAGGAUGCAGAAACUACUGACAAACCAGUUGCCACUGCACCCGUUACAGAAUGUGCAACAUCAUGUUUGGCUGUGAACACUGGAAAUGAGGACACCCUGGAUGUAUCAGUUCCCAAAUCCGAAGGACCUGAUAAUAAUGACAACUCUCUUACUGAAACAUGCGCAGUUGUUGACUCUAAAGCAUCUCCAGACGUAGAGGCACCUGUACACAGAUGUCCAUCUCCAUCAAAGGAGACAACCCUGCUGGCAAAAGAUGAUGGAAAUAAUUCUUUGCCUCACCGUAGUUCAUCACCAAGCCAGCAGAAGUCAACACAGUGCUUUCGAGCACCUACACAAGAAAUGUCAUCUAAUACUGACCGUGUGGUGGAGGUGACUAAAGAUGUACUGCUUCAUGCACAAGUAGUUCUGCAUUACAGAGAAGCAUCCAAAGAAGUCAUUUUUUAUGAACUCACACAGUGUGAUGUUGCUGAGGGAAUGACUCAUUCGACAACAACAGAAACCUCUUCUGGCACACCAAUGCUUGAUUCUAAAAAUACUUCUCCAGGAAGUGUUACAAGUGUCGGUCCUUUUCCACUGGCACUGCGUGCAUCAACAACAUCGAGCAGUUCAUCCUCCUCAUUGACCAGUGCUGCUCAUUUGGCACUAUCAAAUGCAAGCAAACGACUGCGCACUGGUGUGGAAGUAUUGAACCUAGACUUAGUGGCUUCUGCUAUUCGGAAAAUUGGUCCUGAACAGUUACCAGUCCCAUCGGCAAUGUUUGCUGGUCAUAGAUUGCGAACAACUGCACCACCUUCCACUUCAAAUAAAACAACUGACACUGCAGAUGAUCUCAAGAAAGAGGACGUAGAUACCAAAGAGACUGUUGGCACUGAUCGCACUGUCACCACACCUCUCACUUCAGAAAAAAAUCAACGAAAUACAACACGAAAACGAGGCAGAGCUCGUGGAGGAAGCAGCCGGGGCCGUUCGAGUGCUCGGGGUCAGGCUCGCACUCAGCCGUCUCCUCUACCGUCAGAACCUUUAACAUGGGGUACAGAGGAUGCCUCUCGCUUUAAGGGCAUGCUUCAUCCAGGUGCUAGUGCCUUCGCUCGAUGGACUGAUAAAAGGUACUACUCUGCAAAGUUGUCAGAGAAACAACGAGAUGGCCGGUGGCUAGUAGCGUUUGAUGAUGGUUCAGUCAAAACAGUUAAAGAGGAUUUUGUGAUUCCUGUAGAAACACUAACCAAGGGAACACUUGUUUAUGCUACACUACCUGAUGGGUCAUGUGCAGAUGGGAUUGUUUCAGCCUUGUUUGUUCAGGAUAACGAAGAACAGUAUGGCGUCGAGUUAGAUGAUAGGGAAGUAAUUGUGCCACGACGUGACAUUUUUCUUACUGAGGAUCAAGCACGAUUGUUGCUUGAAGGAGCCACUGUGACACUGCCUGCACCGAGCACACCGGGUCGUUUGGCUGAUGUUGAUUUGAACAACGUAGUGGCAGGAAAGCGCCUUCGUACACCAACUCAUGCUGCUUCAGGACCUGCGACACCGCGUACCCCAGGGCCAAGUGGGAAUGCAUGUCCCAAUAAGGUAUCUCGAUCAUCAUCACCUAGUGACCGUGGAUCGGUUUCAGGUGCAACAACAGAUGAUGCAGUUUCAGUUGUUGGUGUGGAACCUGAAAGUGAAGGAUGCAAGCUUGUGCCUGUAGCCACAAGUAGCUCCCGUGGGAAGGGGAAAGUUUCUGCCAAAGGCAAAGGAAAGGCGUUAUUUGCUACCACUAACAUUUUAAAAGAGUCUACUGAGCUUGAUGAAACCCUGGGUCCAAUUCCACCCAAAGAUAGCAAAAUUUUUGAAGGAAUGAUUUUUUUGCUGACAUCAGUAGAUUUUGAGCCCAACAAAAGCUACGAAAAGGUGCAUGAAAUCUGUUCGGAUUCAGAAGGUGAGCGAGAGUUCAGCAGUUAUCGUUUCGUCAAAGACCGCUUGAGAAUGCAGUUGGAAGCUGGAGGUGGCACUGUGCUGGAGUCCUUGGAUGAUGUUCCUGAGGACCGCUUACGUGAUACUAUUCUUAUUGCUAAUCGACCUUGCCUAACUGCAAAGUAUAUAUGUUGCCUAGCCAAAGCAGUGAAGAUUAUUAAUCAUGAAUUUGUCAUCCAAAGAACAAAGGGUGAUAUGUGUUCACCAAAUGCUUAUGGCCUACCACUGGGCUGGUCACUUUUAGAUGAACGCUAUGUAGGAAAUGGUAUUGAUCUUGGUGCAGUUCAGAGGACACGUAAAGGUGGUUCCCGACAGUUAUUGAGCCGGAAAAAGCUAGUCUUAGUUCAUGAAACUCCACAAUUUCUUGCCUUUUGGCAAAAAGUUCUUAAUGAUCUAGGGGCCAAGACAACCACUUACUCACCUAAUGAUGCUACAAAAGCAGAUGCAGAACUGAAAAGUUCAGAUGCUAUUAUCUCAGAUGCGUCAUGUCCACCACAGAUCCAGGAAAGAGCACGUGAAUGGCAUAAACCUCUUAUUUCUACAACUUGGAUCACACAGUGCCUCAUCAAUAGGGAAGUUUUAGCAUUUGAUGCCCUUCCUAACUUCAAAUAUGAUUUUUCUGAUUGAGUUGUAUCAUUAAUUUGAAUUGAUUCAUUUUUACACGAACAUUAGUGCAGUUUUAUUUUGUUUUCAGUGUACCUGUAUUUGUAUACAUGACAGCUAGUUACUAUGAAAGCAAGAGGCCCAUUUUUUGUACAUUUGUUGUAUAUGUGUUUCUUUUGAUAUGUGUAAUCCAAGACUGAUUUGAGAUCUGAACUUAUUGCAGACCAUAAAUUCAUUUCAGGACUUGUUUUUGUCUUUUUAGUUUAUAGAAUCAUAGUAUUAUUCGUUCAGUGUGAGUAUGUAAAUGAAUGUAUAUUCAUUAUGUUACUGUUGUGGGCUUUUGCUGUAAAGUCUUAUCAGUGUUCUUUUAUACUAAUUUUAUGCUUAUAUUGCAUGGAAGAUGAGCAAUGAAAAUAAUGUUCAUAUUCGUAUGAACUUUUAUAUAUUGACUGUUAUAUUUUGUAAGUGUAUGUCAUGAAAAAGAUGGGGAUUCAGAUCACAGUAUUAGUUAUUUUAAGUUACCAGUGUUUGCUGUGAAUAGUCAUGAAAAAAUAUACUUCUUUUGAAAGUGAGCAAUUGUACUGUAUGUUUUAUUGUUAUUGUGUCCUAUAAAUAGGUGUGCCACAGUGAGUAUGUUUAAUGCAAGAUUAAACAAUAGAAAGUCCUGGAUGGAAGGACAACAAUAUGGAAAGCAUAGAUUGCUACUCACCAUGUACAGGAGCUAUUGGUUUGCAAACAGGCACAAUGAAAAAGCAGACUUUUUUUCCAUUGUGCCUGUUUCAACUCAAAUUCUCCUCCGUGUGGUGAGUAGCAAUCUGUCCUUUCGAAAUUGUUGUUGAACACAAGAUUAAUAUCUUGCACAUUAUUUUCGCAAUACAGUCUCUUGGCAGAAAAUUGUAUUUGAAAAUUACGUGUAUAUCGGGAAUGAUAUGAACUGCACAUACUGCAAAAAAGUAAUAAUUUUUUAAUGGUAUUGUUACUCUACUUGUGUAUAGAUAUAAAUGAGCACUUCUAGUUGCUUGUCUGGAAUAACUGUGAAGAAGAUGAAUGUGGACCAACACAAUUCUUAAAACUAAAAUAGUACAAAUUUUCAGGGAUGUUGAUGUUUUUUGUGAAAAGUCUAUGAUUGUCGGUUUAAAAGCAUGAAAGAAAAAUGAUGCUGCUCUAUCUGCAUUGAUAUAUAAGGACACAUGAAAAUUCUCGAUUUAAAUGUGUCUUGCAUUUCUGUUUUUGUUUUAAUAAUAUUGUUAUAAUAAAGUAGUAAUAAAUACA